CUAAUUGGUUGAGAGACACGCAAACUCAAUACUUUAGCUUGGGUAUACGAGUUUUACGUUUGUUGGCUUCGCAAUUUGUACACGGAGUACGGACUAACUGACACGGAUGACAUUCCCUCUUCGAUUAUCUCACAUUUUCGUGGUGCAUGCAUGUAACCUUUUUUGAAGAUUUUUGAGGUUAAGAAGAUGACAAAAUUGCUGGAGUGGCUGUCAUGUGCAACUGUGAUUUUUGGCGUUUGGUUCGCUGCGAUUACAAGCAACUCCACUUUCGUCAAGGAAUGGCAUGAAAUUAUACUUUUCCUUCCCGUUAUUUUCUUAUUUCUCUUUGGAUUGUAUGCAGCUACUGUCGUCUUGUUCAGAGUAUUCACUUUUAAUAACUGCGAAAGCGCAGCUGUUGAACUCCAACAACAAAUAGAAGAAGCUAAAAAGGAUCUUCGAAACAAAGGUGUAACAUUACAUGGGAAUGAUGUUUCUUCAGCUUCUUAAGACUCUUGUAAAUAGCAUAAAAUAAAAACAUUGACUUUUCUAAUUUGUACAUAUUUCAACGUGUGAUCUUGUACAUAUAAAUUAUCUUAAAGUUUAGUAUGGAUACAUACAUAUCUGUAAUUGUAUUUAUAAAAUUUAUGUUAUAGAAUUAUGACUGCGUUUGGUUUGGCGCUUACAGCGCUUAUGAGCAUCAUUUGUUCUUUACCAUUUGAUAAAUAAAAAGGAUGAAGUGAUGCUGCGAGCGCUGCAAGCACCAAAGCAAAUGCAGCCCAUGUAACUUAUAAACAAAAUUUUGCAACAUGAUUAUAUGUGUUGAAUUUUAA